AUGGAAAUUGUAAAGGUUUUUGUGGUAGAGGAUGAUCAGCUCUACGCCAAAGCAACCAAGCAUCACCUCUCACUCAAUCCGGAUAAUGAAGUGGAGGUGUUUGCCAAUGGUAAAGAAUGCCUUCACAAUUUGUACAAAAAUCCCCAUCUUGUAUUCUUAGAUUAUUCUUUGCCCGAUAUGAGCGGCAUUGAUGUAUUGCGAAAAAUAAAGCAAUCGCAGCCGGAGCUUCCUGUAAUAAUUGUUAGCGGCCAGGAAGACAUUGACACGGUAGUAACCUUGCUAAAGGAGGGCGCCUAUGAUUAUAUCGUAAAAGACAGCAAUGAGAAAGAGCGCAUGUGGAAAGCGGUGAACAACAUUCGGGAGAAUACCCGCCUGCGGCAUGAGCUAGACAUCCUUCGCCAGGAGGUAACCCUCAAAUACGAUUUCUCAAACAUUAAGGGCAAUAGCGGUUCGCUGCAACGAGUUUUCAAGCUCAUGGAAAAGGCCGCGGGUACGAAUAUAACGGUAUCUAUCACGGGUGAAACGGGAACCGGCAAGGAAUUGGUGGCAAAGGGCGCUUUUACCGGUGCCAUCAACAGGCGCAUCGGGAAGUUUGAGGAACGGAAAAAGCUUUUGAAAGAGGGGGUGCUUGAAUUGAUUCUGCAUGAUGAGAGCAUGCAAACCAUUCCUGAAAAAAUUGACUUUUACCGGGGCAUGCUUAAGAGCCGGCUUUCCACGGCUCGCAAGAAACUGAAGAAGGACUAUAAAAUUCCGCUGGGCAAAAGAAUUUUUGACAUUGUGGUGGCCAGUCUCAUUUUGCUGGCGGUUUCUCCAAUACUUAUCAUUACCAUAAUAGCCAUUAAGCUUGAGUCAAAAGGCAAGUUCUAUUACAUCUCUAAGCGCGUGGGAACGGGCUUUCACGUAUUUGACUUUUACAAGCUAAGGAGUAUGUAUUCAGAUGCCGAUAAGCGCAUUAAAGAGCUGGCCCACCUCAAUCAAUACAAGCAGGAGGAGGAAAACGAAGACGCCAAAAAUGACCUGGAUGCGCUAGAGAAGAAGUUUCGCAGAAAACGCGAUUCUUCACCAACGUUAAUUUAUAAAGAUGGCACCCCCAUGAGUGAAGAAGCUUACAAUGAAUUGAAGCGGAAACAACAGGUGGGUACUUUCGUGAAGUUUAAAGACGAUCCGAGGGUUACCAAAGUGGGGCAGUUUAUUCGCAAAACCAGUAUUGAUGAGCUGCCGCAGCUUAUAAAUGUGCUCAAAGGCGAUAUGUCAAUUGUGGGUAACCGGCCCUUGCCCUUGUAUGAAGCCGAGCAAUUAACCUCAGACGAUUGGGGGGAACGAUUUUUGGCGCCUGCCGGCAUAACCGGUUUGUGGCAGGUAGAAAAGCGAGGAAAGGGCGAAAUGAGCGAAGAAGAGCGCAAAGCGCUUGACAAUGAAUACGCCAAAAAUUUUAGUCUCUGGAACGAUAUUAAGCUCAUCCUGAAAACUGUACCGGCUUUACUUCAAAAAGAGAAUGUAUGA